AUGCAGGAGGAAAUGCGACGCGAGAUUCAAGCCCAACUACAGGCCAAUUCUGAACAGCUUGAAACUCAAAAUCAGAAUGCAUUCCUUAAAAAGCUGGAAGAAGCCCGAAGAGAAGCUGUCAUUCUCAAGGAGGCCCUUGGCAACGUGAAGUCGGAAAAGGACUCAAAGUCGCGCAUAUAUUGUCCCUACAUCUCAAACCUCAACGAGGAUCCACAACUUUCGGGUGUUAUCAAUCACCUUCUAGAGGCUGACGAGGCAGGAUUCCUCUUUAGUCCACUGAACCAACGGCCGGCGAGCGAAAAAUUGGAAGAUAACGUAAAAUUCACCCUACUUGGAAGUUUUCAUUUUUUUAAAUCGUUUACGUUUCUCCCUCAGGUGGCCGUCGGGCGUCAAGGCGCCCCAGGGAAUCCAGAGACUGCUGAGGACGCAAUAGACAAGGUCUCCGGCAAGAAGACUUGGAUACUACUCAAGGGUCUCAACAUUCAAGACAGGCAUGCCAGGUUUCGCAGACUUCCAAAUGGCCAGAUUGAGCUGGUCGUUGAGCAGGGAGCCCUAAAGAACACGAAAGUCAACGGAACUGCCUUGAUCUCGUCCAAGAUCCUUGAACCUACCGAUCGAAUAUUAUUCGGUUCGUACCACCUGUAUGUUUUUCACAAUCCCAAGCAAACUGCCCUGGACAAGGAGAAGAAGGUGGACUGGGAAUUCGCCCAACAGGAAUUGGCCAAGGGAGAGGGCAUGGAUCAAUUUGAUCAAGCUAUGAUGGAAAAAGGUACGAACUAA